AUGGCUUCUAAAACUUUCGCCAUUAAAUUCUUCUCACUACUAAUUUCGUCAUUUGCUAUCAUGAAAAUGGCAACAGCCGGAGAUCCAGACAUCCUCUCAGACUUUGUAAUCCCCCCAAAUGUUACAGCUGAUGGAAAUUUCUUCACAUUUACUGGCAUGCGUUCCGUUGUUAGGGGAGGCAUUCCCACAGCCUUUAAGGUCUCCAAAGCAGCCUUGACUGAAUUCCCGGCUCUUAAUGGGCAGAGUGUUUCCAUUGCUGUUCUUGAAUUCCCGGCUAACACCACAAACCCACCGCAUAUUCAUCCUCGCUCUGCUGAGCUCCUUUUCCUGAUUGAUGGUACCCUUCAAGUGGGGUUCGUUGAUACCACCAACAAGUUGUUUACUCAGACACUACAAAUAGGUGAUAUGUUUGUGUUUCCAAAAGGACUCGUACACUUUCAGUACAACGUUGCCGCGCAAGCAUCUGCGAUAGCAGUUUCAGCUUUUGGAAGCGCAAAUGCCGGAACUGUUUCCAUUCCCAACACUUUGUUCAACACUAGCAUUGACGACAAUGUUUUGGCUUUGUCCUUCAAGACCGACGUUGCCACGAUUCAACACCUUAAAGAUGGUCUUGCUCCCAAGCCUUAA